AUGGCCGCCCCCAUCAUGUCGGAGGUGACCCCCAUCAAGACCCCCUCCUCUGACACCCACAAGGACGAUUCGUACGAUGACGCCAAACCGACAUCCCCAUACCAUGUCGAAUCGUCGUCGUAUCAGGGCGAGAACGCCAAGGCAGCUGCACUCGCAGCCUCGGCAUCCGACAUCACCCCUCUGGAGCUGAAGAAAGUGCUCCGCAAGAUCGACCUCGUCCUCAUGCCUCUGAUGUGCAUUGCUGUCCUCAUGCAAUUCCUCGACAAGACGUCGCUCAACUACGCCUCCCUGCUCGGCAUUAAGAAGGACACCAACCUUAAGGGUCAAGAGUACUCGUGGCUCGGCUCGUUCUUCUACGUUGGCUACCUGAUCGCGACGCCCGUCCACGGCUUCUUCCUGCAGAAAGUGAGGCUGUCGAGGUACGUGGCCAUCUGCAUCAUCCUCUGGGCAGUCUCGCUUGGCGCGCACGCAGCUUGCAAGAACUACGGCCAGCUAGUCGUCGUCCGUCUGCUCCUCGGAUGGUGGGAGGCCGCGCUCACCCCUGCCUUCAUCCUCCUAACCAGUCGCUUCUACCAGAAGCAGGAGCAGGUUACGAGGACCUCGGCGUGGUUCUCGAUGAACGGCAUAGCACAAAUAUGUGGCGGAAUGGCAGCUUGGGGCCUUCUUGUGCAGAAGCCUUCGCAUCUGAAGGUAUGGCAGCAAAUGUAUCUUAUCUUGGGUGGUGUUGCGUUGCUUUUCGGUGUCGUGGUGUUCUUCUUCAUGCCCGACUCGCCGGCGACGAUCCGUUACCUCAACGAGCGAGAGCGUCAGGUCGCUGUGCAUCGCAUCAAGUCAAACAAGUCCGGCAUCCACGACUCGACUUGGAAAUGGGACCAGCUCUGGGAGGCCAUUCGCGAUCCGAGGCUGUAUCUCUUCUUCUUAGGUGUCUGCAGCGCCAACAUCGCCAACGGCGGCGUGUCCAACUUCUCGAGCGCCAUCAUCUCCUCUUUCCACUAUGACAGUAGGACGACUGCAUUGCUCGGCAUGGCACCAGGUGCGAUGGAGGUCGUCGCUGUCGCUUUUGGCGCUUGGCUGUCGUAUAAGACCAGGUCGAGGGUCAUUCCGGGUGUGCUGAUGUACCUGCUCGCCGUCGUCGGAGGCACCAUGAUGAUCGCAAUCCCCGCUUCGGCGAACGCUGCUCGCUUUACCGGGUUUGUUAUAGUUUACACCUAUCCCGUCGCUUCUCCCCACUUCUACGCCUUUAUAGGAUCAAGUGUUUCGGGGACGACCAAGAGGAUCGUCUUCAACACCUUCCUGCAGGUCGGGUACUCGGUGGGCAACUUGAUCGGCCCUCAGACUUACCGAGCAAAGGAUGCGCCCGACUACGUACCUGCCAAGAUCACCUUGAUCACCAUGUUCGGCUUCGCAGCGCUCUGCUUGAUCGCUAUCGGAGCGACGCACUACAUCUGGAACAAGCAGAACGGUAUGCUUGGCAUGGGAGCGGAUGUGGAGGGCGAUGCAGCAAAGGAGACCGAGGACCACGAGGAUCUGACCGACUUGACUGACAAGCAGCGAGCUAGCUUCCGAUACCCAUACUAG